AUGGGAAUUUUGAGACAUUUACAUGCAUUGCAUUGUCACCCACAUCCUUACUUUACUGUCCUUCCAUCAGAAUCAGACCUCACCUUCUGGGAGAUUCUCAUGGAGGGUCCUCCUGACACUCCUUAUGAGAAAGGAGUGUUUGAGCUGUUCUGCCAGUUUGGUGAUGACUACCCAGUGAAGCCUCCACUUGUUCGCUUCGUCACACGUAUGUACCACUGCAAUAUAAACAGCGUGGGGCGCAUCUGCCACAACAUAUUUGACCGGAACUACAAAGCCCAAAUCACCAUGAGAGAUAUUUUUGAUGCUGUGUAUGGACUGCUAAUCAUCCCUGAGCCUGAAGAUACAUUGGACAGCAUUUUGGCUGAAGAAUACCUCACCAGCCGUGAGACAUAUGACCAAGAAGCCAAAAAUCACACCGCGAAAACUGCGGGGCAGUCGCUGGAUGAUAUGGAGAAGAAAUUGGUGGAACUGGUGGAAGAAUUUGUGCCCGAACGUCUCUGCUGUUCAAUCACAAAGAAGGUAUUUGUUGAUCCUGUGAAAACGAAAUAUGGAACAGUGUAUGAACGGAAGGCCAUUGAAAAACACCUAAAACUAUUGCCAGAGAAGGUGGUCUAUAUGAAAAGACCAACAGACUUAGAUAUUUCUUGGAGAGGUGGAGAUGGUGCUGGAAACACAUUGGAAAGUUGUGGAAUCUCAGAGGAGACAACAGUCCACUUCUCACUGUCCUCAUUUGCUGAAGAGGUUCCAGACAACAAGGAGUUCUUCAGUGAUGAUGUUGAACCCUCUGUGCAGCAAACUCCCAAAGGAAUGGGUGUCUUCUUCUCCUCACUUUAUGUCAUUAAACACAAGCCUCAAGUGGUUUCACACAAGAAUUUGAUUGGCUACAUACGAAAACUAACUGGAUGUAACCCUCUGGCCCAGAGUUUGUAUCAGUUACUCAUAAAGAAUGAAUUCCUAUCCAGGACUCAAAAGAUUGCAGUGGUUGAAGGUCUGUACACACUCUUUAGAGAACUUUUGCCAAAGCUUGGAUCAAAACGAGGUGAAAAGAUCAUUGAGGACCUUGAUGUCUUUGAGAAUUCCACAUACUGCUGGGCAUUUCUCAUGACAGAAGCAAAGAAAGAGACAGAAGACCAUGAAGACUACGCACCAUUUUCUUUGAUGUCUGAAGACAACAAGCGUUUUUGUGAUCCAGUCACUGUACCUGGAGUACCAGGUGUCCUGGAAAGAGCGUAUGUGCUGCAGAUAAUCAACUAUGGAGAGAAGAUUCCAAACUGUCCUGAAGAGGUUUUGCAAGAAACAUCACUCAGGAGAGCCACUGACAUUGAGAAGAUUUUGCUCAGUGUUCAUCCUUCAGUUACAACAUACUAUCUUUGGAUUUCUCAUGGAAGUGUGACUGGUCAGAACUUUCACAUAGAGACUUUUGGAGACAUGGCAGAGGAACUGAAAGCUCUCCCUCUACUCAAUGUGACUCCUCCACUGCUUCUGAAGGACCUAGGAUGUCAAGAACAAUGUCUGGUUUUCUUGUCCAAAGACAACCUUGGUGUUCAUCUACAAAAAAAUAAGUUAACACCUGCAGUGAUUGAGGUGUAUGAUUGUCUGGCUGGCAAAGUCCAACAUGUGGAUGUGGAUGAAUUGGCAGCAAAGACUGGUGACCAUAGAGACGACCAAUCCUUUGUCACAACCAGGACUCCAAAAGAAGCUAUUCUGGUGCUGAUAGAUACAAGCAAAUCCAUGACUUGGAAGUGCUAUGAAAGUGUUGAAAUACAGAGAAUCCAUGCUGUAAAAGAGCUUUUUGACAACUUUGCAACACGGACCAUGGCUUAUGAUUUCCAUCAUGUCAUUGGACUUGUGAAGUUUGACUUUAAAGUGAAAACAAUCGGAACGUUUACAGAAACACUUGAAAAGUUCAAGGAACUUGUGCGCACACUUGAGACAUCUGGAGGGACAAGGCUGUAUGAUGCGCUACAGCAUGGAAUACUGGAGUUGGAAAACGUAAAGAAGACUCUGUCUCACAGAUGGAUGUGAUCAUAAAUCCCUGAACAAGCCAGCUGCUGUUGCAGUCAACCUGAUCAACUCUGGCAUCAUAGUGGACUCCAUUCUUCUGGGGAAAAUGGAGAACAAUAUGCUUCAUGGAAUCAGCAAUGCAACAGGGGGUUGCUGUUUUAAAC